AUGGCUGCUAACGGUUCUACCUAUGCUCUAUCCCAAGAGCACAAGGAUUUGCUCGAGAGGUCUCUCCUCGACUCUGAUCCGGAGGUUGCGGAGAUUAUGAAAAAGGAAAUUCAACGACAGCGGGAGUCUAUCAUCUUGAUUGCCUCUGAAAAUGUUACUUCACGUGCUGUCUUCGACGCCCUUGGCUCUCCUAUGUCCAACAAGUACUCCGAAGGUUACCCCGGCGCUCGAUACUACGGUGGAAACCAGCACAUAGACCAGAUUGAGCUUCUCUGCCAGAAGCGUGCUCUCCAAACCUUCCACCUAGAUCCGGAACAAUGGGGUGUCAAUGUCCAGUGCCUCAGUGGUAGUCCCGCAAACUUACAGGUCUACCAGGCUAUCAUGCCUCCCGGAGGCCGGUUGAUGGGCUUAGAUCUGCCCCACGGUGGUCAUUUGAGUCACGGAUACCAGACUCCCUCCCGAAAAAUCUCGGCAGUCUCUACUUAUUUCGAGACAAUGCCAUACCGAGUAAACCUUGACACUGGCAUCAUUGACUACGACAGACUCGAGGAGAACGCUCAACUGUUCCGCCCCAAGGUCCUCGUAGCCGGUACCUCGGCGUACUGCCGUGAGAUCGACUAUGCGCGCAUGAGGAAGAUUGCUGAUUCAGUCGGAGCUUACCUUGUCGUUGAUAUGGCCCAUAUCUCUGGCCUAAUCGCAGCUGAGGUUAUCAAGUCUCCCUUCCCCCACGCCGAUAUAGUUACUACCACAACACACAAAUCACUCCGUGGACCCCGUGGUGCCAUGAUCUUCUUCCGAAAAGGUGUUCGUAGCACCGACCCCAAGACCGGCAAACAGACCCUCUACGACUUGGAGCCGGCCAUUAACUUCUCAGUCUUCCCCGGCCACCAGGGCGGUCCCCACAACCACACUAUCACUGCUCUUACCGUUGCCUUGAAGCAGGCCCAGACUCCUGAAUUCAAGGCAUACCAGGAGAAGGUUGUGUCCAACGCCAAGACGCUAGAGAACAAGUUCAAGGCUCUCGGCUAUAAGUUGGUAUCCGACGGUACCGACUCACACAUGGUUCUCCUAGACUUGAGACCCCAGGCCGUGGAUGGCGCUCGUAUUGAAGCUGUCCUAGAGCAGAUCAACAUCGCUUGCAACAAGAACGCCACCCCAGGCGACAAGUCUGCCUUGACGCCUUUCGGUAUCCGUAUUGGAACACCAGCCAUGACCUCGCGUGGCUUUGGAGAGCAAGACUUCGAGCGUGUUGCUGGCUACAUUGACGAGAGCAUCAAAAUUGCUAAGGAGAUCCAGACUAGUUUGCCUAAGGAAGCUAACAAGCUCAAGGAUUUCAGAGCUAAGCUCUUUGAAGGCGGUAAUGCUAGGAUUGACGAUCUCAAGAAGGAAAUCUCUUCCUGGUCCCUGACUUUCCCUCUUCCCGUUGAGGGAUGGAGACUGGAUGCAGGCAUCUAG